GGACCUUUCAUGCUAGCUACCACGAACACGCUUAAUUUUUUGUAGCUUUAUUCCCUUCUAGUACGCCUCCCUUCCUCCACCUUUCCAUCUCGUCACCUCGAUCAUCCCACCAACGCAGCAAAACCCUCCAAAAAUUAAAAAAAAUACACCACUCUCUUUCUUUCUUGUGUUCGUUGUACCAUUCGACUUCUUCCUACCUACCUACUUACUGCUCCCCAACAAUUUUGUUUCGCCAAAUCAUUGGAGCUUGUAUUAUCUAUCUAUUCUGGUCUAACCUCUUCUUCGAGAUUCAACGAAGAGACUUGAUCUUUGGAAUCAUAAUUUCAACGCGUCGAAUACUUUCUUGAUCUUCGUACCUUAUUAAUGGAAACCAAGGCUUUGCGAUUUCUUUAAUCAUGUCUUUCUUUGGCUUUGAUCCCAGUCAAGCUCCUCACGAGAGGGGCCAUAAUACUGCUGCUCCUGGCUUUGGCCAACAUGCGGAUCCAUUUGCAAGUCUUUCUGGCACAGGAAACGAUAACGAGGCCUUCGAUUUCGAGGAUACAUAUGAUGGUUUAGGAGAUCAGCUUCAAGAAACCGGUGAUGACUUCAAUGACGAUACCUUUGGUGGUGGUGCAGGCGACUCUAUUGCAAGCAAGCCAGUUGGAAAUAACUUUGACUUUUUUGGGCAAACAGCAAAGGUCUCCGAUGCUAUCAAUGAGGAACAAAUGCGAUACACCCGACAACAACCAGUAGUAUCUAGGACAACUCCAGCCGCAUCUUCAUACUCUCAACCACAAACGUCAAGACCCGCCAGAACUGGCUAUGAGAGAUAUCAAGAGUCGGAAUAUGUUCCUGAUAUGCAGGUGGAUGCAAAUCUGUGGGGUGUUGCUCCGAAACAAGCUCCAAAAGCCGCCACUCCUCCAGCUGCUGGUACAUCUGCACCGAGCCGAAAAAUGAUGAGUUUGGAAGAAGUUGAAGCAGCCAUGAGAGCUCAAGCUAAGAAGCCAUCGCAACCUCAAGUAUCUGUUCAGCACCAACCAAUGCCACCAUCUCAACCACAAUAUCAACAGCCCCCGCCUCAACAAUAUCAAAAUUUCCAUCAACAAGCGCCACAACAGCAACAGCAGCAAUUCCCGAUCCAAGUCAGUGCCCCGCCUCAAUCGGAACAACGCCAGCUUCCUGUCGAGCAACAAAUUCACAUUUUGCAACGUCCCCAAGUUCCAGUCAGCCAGGCAAAUGUCCCAUCUAUCCCAAUCCAACCGGCACAUAUGCAAAACAUGAACCGAUUUCCCAACCAACCCCACGGUGCGCAACGUGGCCACCACCAUCCACAUGCUUCUGGAAAUCGACAUGUUAUCACUCACCCACAACAAUUGGUAAACUUAUCCGAAGAAGAGAGGGCCGCAUUCUUGUUGGAAGAUGCCAAGAGAGCAAAGCGAAACCACAAGAUAUUUUUGUUGUCGAAGGACAAUGGCUUGAUGACGCCCCAAGACAAGAACUUUAUCACCCGUAUUCAAUUACAACAAUUGGUCACCGCUACUGGAAAUCCAAACGAACAUGGCAUAGAUUCUUCUCUUUCUGAGGACUUCUAUUAUCAAGUUCACAGUCAGAUCCGAGGUGGACCACGCCAAAACCCUCAUCAACCUCUGAGUAACUUCGCACAGACAUAUCUUUUCCAAACCGGCAAUCGUCACAAUAACAUGCGAAGACAAGCUCGUGGUGGCGACAAUCAUGUACAACGUAUGGAACAGCAAGUGCAACGAGCUGUGGAGGCGGCAAAGAACAAGCCAAAGAACAAGCAAUUGGUCAUUGAAGGAAGUUUGGGAAAGAUCUCAUUCAGCAACGCAAAGACACCUAAGCCACUGUUGAAUAUCAAACGAACGGAUAGCAAUGAACCAAGACCCGGAAAUUCACCCAACCCUCGCAAGGCUAACCUCGUCAGUGGUAGCAAUAGAAAAUCUAUAUUGACUGAUAUCGAGAAUGUGUACAGCACAUUAAUGGAGCUAGAGGACCAUGAACGCUCAAAACCUAGACCAUUGAGUCAUGAUGAAAUCAACCCACAAAUUGCCGGUUUGAACCAAGAUUGGAAUGAACGACAAGAAUUCCUCAACAAGCAAUUAUGGCGUAAUCUGAGGAUUCAUGAACCAAUUGGCGCAACAACUGUUCAUCCUUUCAUUGCCUUCCUUUCAUUCAAUAAGGGCAAAAAGGCAAUUCCUCGAGUUUUCAGACAUAUCUUUGAUGAACAGCGCGCUACUAUCUUGACCAUGAUUAUUCUUCACCUUGAUAAACUUGAUGUCGUUCGAUUGGCUGUGCCUAGCCCUGACGGAAUCCCACUCAGUGCUGAGACUCGUGAAAACAUUGAUCUCUUCCAAGUCACAGUCAUGUCGAGUCUUCUUGGAUUCCUCCACGAUGCCGAUUUCCAAAUCACUACUGGUGUUUUGGGACUUAUCCUUAAUCUUAAUAUUGAUUUGAUUGCACGUACUAGAAUUGGUCUUAGUCUAUUGACUAUGAUUCUUAGUCGGGCUGAGAUCACCAAGCAAGCUGGGGAUGUUGAUGAGCGUGGGUGGAAUGACUGGCUAUCCACUCACAAUGCAUUCUUCGAUGCCCUUGAGCCUACCCUCCCAGAGAUCUUCCCUGGUACCGUCAACACUGGCGAAGAUGUAUACGUGUGGCAAUUCCUUGCAGCCAUUGGUAUUGGUGCCAAUCCUGAACAGCAACAACGUUUAGUUAUGGCUGUCAAGGAUCGUGUUAUGGAAACUGUCGGGCUUGCAAAGACAUUACCUCCAGCUAUGUCUAUCCAACGACUCGCAAAUGUUAACCUCUUCAUGCGUUCUAUCGGAUUGGAUGUUGAGUUACUUGCAUGAAUGAUGGAUUGAGGUUUAUUUCUUUUAACAUUUACGCAUAUUGAAUUUCUUUCUUCUCUACUAUGAUAUUUGAUGGUGAAGCCACAUGAAAGGAGCUUGUUGGUAUUGAUUCUAGUGGUAUAUUACAUUUUGCUUCCUCGUUUUUGUUGCGUGGCGAUCACGAAAGUACAGCAUUGAGCAGUCUCUCUCUAGAGAACUGAUAUUUAUGAAUGGGAGCGUCUCACUGGAUGGCGGAUGAUAAAAAAUGAGUACUAUUAUUAUGAUUUGGGAAGAAAGCGGCUAUGGUUGGUGGCCAGCAUUAUUCUGUUUAGGGGCAGGAUGGGAUACUUCAAUAUCUUGACUUUUUUUUAACAAGAUGAACGACUACAAGAGGAUAGAGAAUACCAUGAUAGUAAAUGCAAACAAAAUUUCACGAGCUGAUCA